AUGGAGUGCACCCUCAAGACUGUAUUUUGGAAUGUCCGUGGCCUUCACUCUAGGGCUAAGCGCACCGCGGUCCGCUAUGUAAUUUCAUCGGUCUCGCCGAACAUUGUGUUCCUUCAAGAAAUGAAGCUCGAUUCGUCCUCAUUGCCCCUUGUCGUGGAGACGCUCGGCUCAUGCUUCUUGGAUUACUUCUUCCUCCCGGCCUCUGGCACCCGCGGCGGCAUCCUUCUUGCUUGGAACCGCAAUGAGAUAGCUAUCUCCAGCCCCUACAUCGGUCAACACCACAUCACGGCCCUCGUUUCUACCACUUCGGGCGCGCACCCUUGGCGGAUCACCGGGGUCUAUGGCCCGCAGGACGACGAUGAGGAGAUCUUAUUCCUCGAGGACCUGCAAGAUACCCGCGACUCUUGCGCUGGCCCCUGGCUGCUCGGCGGUGACUUCAACCUCGUUUCCUCCUCCAGUGACAAGAGUAACGGGCGGAUUAACAGGCGCACCUCCAACCGUUUCCGUCGCUUCAUUGCUGAUAUGGAGCUGCGCGACGUCUACAUGCACGGCCGCCAUUACACCUGGUCUAAUGAGAGGGACUCGCCCAAGCUCGUGCGUAACGACCGCUUUCUCUGCACCUCCGAGUGGGAUCUCGCACAGCCACAUGCCAUUCUCCGUUGCCUUGCCACGAUGGUGUCCGACCACUGCCCGCUUUUUCUCGACUACACUCCGCGUUCUGCUGGCCCAAGACGCUUCCACUUUGAGCGGUUUUGGAUCAAACUUGAAGGUUUUCAAGACACGGUGGCGGCUGCUUGGGCCUCCGUCCACGACCCGGACCCUUUCCGGUGCAUCUACCUCCGCCUCAAGAUCACGGCUCGCCGCCUCCAGAGUUGGGGCGCGCGCACUCAUGGCCACAUCUCCCUGCAGCUUAUGAUUGCGCAGGAGCUUAUUGCCAGCCUCGACGCUGCCCAGGACAUCCGGGCUCUUUCCCCCUCUGAGGUCUGGCUUCGACGCAGCCUCAAGCGCGCCUACCUUGGAUUAGCUUCGCUCGACAGAUCCAUCGCUCGUGAGCGGGCGCGGUUCGGCUGGAUGAAGGAGGGUGAGACUAACACCGCCUUCUUCAAAAUCCACGCGGCCCACGGGCAGCAGAAGAACCGCAUUCUCUCCCUUCAGCAUGAGGGCGCUACGAUCACCGAUGAGCAAGACAUGGCCAAGGCGGCAUAUCACCACUUCUCUGCACUCCUUGGCACUCCAAGACCCCGCGACUUCUCCCUCAACCUGCAACAGAUUGACGUUCGCUCCUUCGAUCUUGAGGAGCUUGAGCUACCUUUCUCUGAGGCAGAAAUCUGGGCUGCGGUCAAGGCACUCCCCCGUGGAAAAGCCCCGGGCCCCGAUGGAUUCACGACCGAAUUCCUUGUGGCGUGCUGGGAUACUGUCAAAGCCGACGUCUACGAGGUGUUCGACAAGUUCUACACAAUGAAUGGGCGCAGCCUCCAGCGUCUUAAUGAAGCCCUUAUCACGUUGAUCCCGAAGAAGCUGGACGCCUCCUCUCUCUCGGACUACCGCCACAUCAGCCUAAUCCACCUGAUCGUGAAGCUCAUCACCAAAGUCCUCUCGCUUCGCCUUGCUCCUCGCCUGGGCCAGCUCGUCUCCUCCAACCAAAGUGCAUUCAUCGUCGGGCGGUGCGUGCACGACAAUUUUAUGCUGGUCCAGCAGACCGCCCGCCAGCUUCAUAAUCUCCGCGUGCCUCGUGUCCUCCUCAAGCUCGACAUUGCACGCGCGUUUGAUACGGUAUCAUGGGCUUUCCUCCUUGACGUGCUCCGCCACCUGGGCUUCGGUCGGCGGUGGAUCGAGUGGAUUUCCAUCUUGCUCUCCACAUCCAGCACGCACGUCCACAUCAAUGGAUCCCCCGGCCCUCCCAUUGCCCACGCUCGCGGGCUGCGGCAAGGCGAUCCCGUGUCUCCGAUGUUGUUUACAAUUGCCAUUGAUGCUCUCAACUCCCUCCUCCUCCAUGCCCACCGCAGCGGCCUCCUUCAACGGCUCACCACUCGGCACACCUCUUCGAGCAUCUCUCUCUAUGCCGAUGACGUGAUCAUUUUUUGCCACCCCUCUACCCGCGAUCUCUGGGUCAUUCGGGAGCUGCUUCGUGUCUUCGGCGAGGCUUCAGGGCUCUACACGAACUUUGCCAAGUGUUCGGCAACCCCGAUCCGCUGCGACGAUCCCACGCGAGCCUCCAUCGCGUGCGAGCUGGCUUGCACAGUCAUGGACUUCCCUAUCACCUACUUGGGCAUUCCUCUCUCGCUCCGGAAGCCGUCCGCCUCGUCGCUCCGGCCGAUUGUUGAGAAGCUGGCCAAGAAGCUUUCCUCCUGGCGUGCGAUGCUCCUGUCCCGCGGCAAGCGUCUCGCCCUCGUCCGCCACGUGCUGUGCGCGAUCCCCUCCCACAUCAUGGUGGUCAUCGCUCUGUGCCCGACGAUUCUCAAGCAAGUGAACCGAAUGAUCCGCGAAUUCCUCUGGCAUGGCAAUAAGGAGACCCGCGCUGGGCACGGGCCAGUCAGCUGGCAGCGCGUCUGCCGCCCCCUCCAUCCGGGCGGCCUCGGCAUUCCGGACCUCCAUCGGCAAGGGAUCUCUCUCCGCGUACGCUGGUUGUGGCUGCAGCGCACCGACCCGGCCAGGCCGUGGGCACACCUGCACCUGCCCUCAGAUGCUGACUCCUCCUCCAUCUUCCGCGCGUCCACUUCUUGGGUUCUCGGUGAUGGAAGGUCUUGCCGUUUCUGGACUGAUGCUUGGAUCGACGGCAUGGCCAUUGCGGACAUCGCCCCUGCCCUCCUCCCCUUGGUCCCCCGUCGGCGACACAAGCGCACCGUGGCGGAUGGACUCCAGGACCGCCGCUGGAUCGCGGACUUGCGUGGCGCGCUCACACCCACCGCGCUGGUGGAGUACGUCCAUCUUUGGACCAGACUCCGUCACCUUCACCUUUCAGCCUCCCCAGACCGCCUUGUCUGGCGCUGGACUGCGAACGGGAAAUACUCCGCAAGAUCAUGCUACCGUGCCCUCUUUGCCGGCUCCACAUCCGCCCCAUACUGGCGCCUCACCUGGAAGUGUUGGGCCCCCCUGCGCGUUAAGAUGUUCACCUGGCUGGCCGACCUUGACCGUUGCUGGACUGCCGAUAGACUGGCCCGCCACGGUCUCCCCCACAACGACAGAUGUGCUCUCUGCGACCAGGACGUCGAGACUUUGCAACAUAUUAUCAUCGCAUGCCCCUUCUCCAGGCAGAUUUGGCAUGACGUCCUGGCUUGGGUGCGCGCCACCGUCCCCCCUUCGUCCGGUCCCGAAGAGUUCCUCCCUUGGUGCUCCUCGAUGAUCAUGAGCUCCCCCACAGGGCACCGCAAGGGGCUUGCCACCCUCGCAACCCUGGCGGCUUGGUCUAUCUGGAAGCAGCGCAACCGCUGCGUCUUCGACGGCGAGUCCCCCUCCACCUCCCGGCUUCUUGAGCUUAUCCAGGACGACGCGCGUUCUUGGGCUAGGGCUGGAGCUCACGGUUUAGCUGCGCUCUUGGCAUAG